AUGGCCAGCGCAUUUCUAUUAGCAGAUGAUGUGGGUGAAGACAUCUUAAACCAGAGGAAUGACUCUCUAGUUGUGGAAUUUCAAUCAUCAGCCAGCCGAUGCAGGAGUGUCUAUGAACCAGAUAGAAAUGUGUUACGGAGGAAAGAGCGAGAAAGAAGAAAUCAGGAAACUCAGCAGGAUGAUGGCACAUUUAAUUCGAGUUACUCCCUCUUCAGUGAACCCUACAAGACGAACAAGGGGGAUGAGCUCUCCAACCGGAUCCAGAAUACUUUAGGCAAUUAUGAUGAAAUGAAAGACUUUUUAACUGAUAGGUCUAAUCAGAGUCAUCUCGUUGGCAUUCCCAAACCUGGGGUUCCUCAGGCUCCUGUGAACAAGAUCGAUGAACAUUUUGUUGCAGAUUCAAGAGCCCAGACCCAGCCCUCGUCUGUCUGUAGCACUGCUUCUUCCACACCAGCCGCUGUCCCCGCACAGCAGAGUAAGAGGGGCACCAUGGGCUGGCAGAAGGCUGGGCACCCGCCAUCAGAUGGCCAACAGAGAGCAACACACCAAGGCUCUCUCAGGACCUUGCUUGGAGAUGGUGUUGGCAGACAGCAGCCACGAGCCAAACAAGUGUGCAAUGUAGAGGUGGGUCUUCAGACCCAGGAAAGGCCACCUGCUAUGGCAGCCAAGCACAGCGGCAGCGGACACUGUGUUCAGAACUUUCCUCCAUCCCUGGCUUCAAAACCCAGCCUGGUCCAGCAGAAACCAACUGCAUACGUGCGGCCGAUGGACGGCCAAGAUCAGGCUCCUGAUGAGUCGCCAAAGCUUAAGUCAUCCACAGAAACCAGUGUGCACUGCACGUCAUACAGGGGAGUCCCGGCCACCAAGCCAGAGUCCGCCAGAGCCAAGGCCAAGCUUUCCAAGUUCAGCAUCCCCAAACAAGAGGAGAGUAGAUCUGGAGACACAAACAGCUGUGUUGAAGAAAUAAUUCGGGAGAUGACCUGGCUCCCACCACUUUCUGCUAUUCCAGCACCUGGCAAAGUGGAACCAAGCAAAUUUCCAUUUCCAAAUAAGGACUCUCAGCUUGUUUCCUCCGGACACAAUAAUCCAAAGAAAGGUGAUGCUGAGCCAGAGAGUCCAGACAAUGGCACAUCGAAUACCUCAAUGCUAGAAGAUGACCUUAAGCUAAGUAGUGAUGAAGAGGAGAAUGAGCAGCAGGCAGCCCAGAGAACUGCUCUCCACGCUCUGUCUGACAGUGCCGUGGUCCAGCAGGCCAACUGCAGAGCCUCCGUGCCUUCCAGCAAGGGCAGUGGCAGCAGCAGCAGCGGAAGCGGCAGCAGCUCGUCCAGUGACUCGGAAAGCAGCUCUGGCUCCGACUCCGAGACCGAGAGCAGCUCGAGCGAGAGUGAGGGCAGCAAGCCUCCCCACUACUCCAGCCCCGAGGCUGAACCAGCGUCCUCUAACAAGUGGCAGCUGGAUAAAUGGCUAAACAAAGUUAAUCCCCACAAGCCGCCUAUUCUGAUCCAAAAUGAAAGCCACGGGCCAGAGAGCAAUCAAUACUACACUCCAGCGAAAGAGGAAGUGCAGGACUGUGGGAAACUUCCCGACGUUUGCCAAACCAGCCUGAGAGAGAAGGACAUCAAGAGCGCCUGCAAGGAGGAGCAGAGGCCAAGGACAGCGAACAAGGCCCCGGGGAGUAAAGGAGUGAAGCAGAAGUCCCCGCCCGCAGCCGUGGCCGUGGCCGUGACCACCGCUGCCCAGCCGCCCGCCGUGCCGGGUGCGCCCGCCGAGAGCGCGCCCGCGCCCGCCCGGAGGUCUGCGGGAAAGAAGCCCACCAGGCGCACCGAGAGGACCUCCGUCGGCGACAGCACCAACUGCCACCGGCCCGAGGAGCCCGCCGCCGCAGACGCGCUGGGGGCGAGCGCGGUGAUCCCUCCGGAGCCCACCAAAACCAGGCCCUGCGGCAACAGCAGAACGAGCCACCGCAAGGAGCUGCGUUCCUCGGUGACCUGCGAGAAGCGCCGCACGCGCGGGCUUAGCAGGAUCGUCCCCAAAUCCAAGGAGUUCAUAGAGACAGAGUCGUCAUCUUCCUCCUCCUCCUCGGACUCGGACCUGGAGUCGGAGCAGGAGGAGUACCCUCUGUGCAAAGCGCAGGCCGUGGCCGCCGCCGCCGCCGCCGCCGCGGCCUCCUCGGGGAGUGACCAAAGGCUGAAGGAGGCGGCUGGCAGCAUCAGCAGUGGCGGCGGCCCCAGGGCCCCUGUAGGCUCCAUCAACGCCAGGACCACCAGCGACAUUGCCAAGGAGCUGGAGGAGCAGUUCUACACGCUGGUCCCUUUCGGCCGCAACGAACUUCUCUCCCCCUUGAAGGACAGUGAUGAGGUCAGGUCUCUCUGGGUCAAAAUUGACCUGACCCUCCUGUCCAGAAUCCCAGAACACCUGCCCCAGGAGCCCGGGGUCUUGAAUGCCCCUGCAGCCAAGGACGCUGAGAGCACACAGCCAAGCCAUCCAUCGGACACUCCUGCCGAGAAGGCUUUGCCAAAAUCCAAGAGGAAACGCAAGUGUGACAACGAAGACGACUACAGGGAGGUCAAGAAGGCCCAGGGAGAGAAAGAGAGCUCUUCACGACUGACCAGCUCUGCCAAUAAUACUUUAUCUGCAAACCACUGCAGCAUGAACAUCAACAGCUUGGCAAUACCAAUAAAUAAAAAUGAAAAAAUGCUCCGGUCACCCAUCUCACCCCUAUCGGAUGCAUCUAAACACAAAUACUCCAGCGAGGACUUAACUUCUUCCAGCAGAUCGAAUGGCAGUGGCUCGUUCACUUCUGCAUCCUCCAACAAAAAGCAUAAGGCUGAGAACCAGCCGCAGUCUCAUGCCGGAGACCUCACGAAGGCCACUCACAACAAUUCCGAAAACGUUCUCCACAAGUCACGGCCACAGACAGAGCCAUGGUCUCCCGGUGCCAACGGCCACAGGGACUGCAAGAGGCAGAAACUUGUCUUCGAUGAUAUGCCACGCAGUGCAGAUUAUUUUAUGCAAGAAGCUAAACGGAUGAAACAUAAAGCAGAUGCAAUGGUGGAAAAGUUUGGAAAGGCUUUGAACUAUGCUGAAGCAGCUUUGUCAUUUAUUGAGUGUGGAAACGCAAUGGAACAAGGCCCAAUGGAAUCCAAAUCUCCUUAUACGAUGUAUUCGGAAACAGUAGAGCUCAUCAGGUAUGCUAUGAGACUAAAAACCCAUUCAGGCCCCAAUGCCACACCAGAGGACAAACAAUUGGCUGCAUUAUGUUACCGCUGCCUGGCUCUGCUGUACUGGCGGAUGUUUCGACUCAAAAGGGACCACGCUGUCAAGUAUUCAAAAGCACUUAUCGACUAUUUCAAGAAUUCAUCUAAAGCUGCCCAAGCCCCAUCUCCAUGGGGAGCCAGUGGAAAGAGCACUGGAACCCCAUCCCCCAUGUCUCCCAACCCCUCCCCGACCAGCUCUGUGGGAUCUCAGGGGAGCCUCUCCAACGCCAACGCCCUGUCCCCUUCAACCAUCGUCAGCAUCCCACAGCGCAUCCACCAGAUGGCAGCCAAUCACGUCAGCAUCACCAACAGCAUUCUCCACAGCUAUGACUACUGGGAGAUGGCAGACAACCUGGCCAAGGAAAACAGAGAAUUCUUCAACGACCUGGAUUUGCUCAUGGGGCCUGUCACCCUGCACAGCAGCAUGGAGCAUCUGGUCCAGUACUCCCAGCAGGGCCUGCACUGGCUGCGGAACAGCACCCACCUGUCAUAG